AGACAUUGAUUCUUGCGGAUUGAGGGGAUGCAAUUCUGGCUCUAACACAGGUAAUGCUGGUACCGGGGAUGGUGUGGGAGUUGGGGGUAUAAUUACAAACUUCGGGAAUAUAGCUGGUAAUUAUGCGGGCGAUGGUUUCUCUAGCACGGGCUAUCCUAGCUCUGGGAAUGGUGUUUUCUCUAUCACGGGCUAUCCUAGCUCUGGGAAUGGUGUGGGCGAUGGUUUCUCUAUCACGGGCUAUCCUAGCUCUGGGAAUGGUGUGGGCGUUGGGGGUAUAAUUACAAACUUCGGGAAUGUGGCUGGUUCGUGA